AUGCCCUACACACCAAACAUCGUCUCGACCGUGCUCUUCGAAUCUUCGGAGGUGGUAGUCUUCAAGAUUCCGCCAGGGCCCUCGAAGCUCGCCAAAUGGAAUCUCAAUGAGUCCAAUGUCAUAUGGAGAGGCAGCAUCAGGUUGGUGGAGCAGGAAGUGAUCCAGGAGGAGACCAAAGAAACCAGAGAGACCAACGACAACUACGACACACACAUACAAGGCGAGCUAUUGACCUCUGUUCUGGAGAACUCGUCCACUAGCUCCACGGCAGUCGACGGAGAUCACUCGCCUGAUCCCUCACCUGAUCCCUCGCCGCCGCAUCAGGGCCUAAGGGCGAAGAUCGAGCUCUUCAACACCCAGACCAUUCCGCCUUCUGUAGGCAGCUUGACCAGCGUUAGAAAAGACACACAGUGGGCAGAAGUAUGGUACAAUCCAAUAGACAGAAUCGCCUCCGAGGGCAUCAAAAUCGCCAAUAACGGACAAGAUACCGUUCAGAUCACCGAAUCUUCCAGAUACUACAAGAUCGUGGCCCAGCUUCCACAGACGGGCUACCAUCCAAGAGCCAUUGACGACGAUGACCUCGAUCUCCUUCAGAUCGGUCUAGGUUUGAAAUUCCGGGAGUCGUACCAGGCAAUAUCAUUUAGUGAGAGCUUGAACUUGUAUAGAAGAAGGUACAGAAACUUCGAAGAGCAGUACAAUUCCGAUAUCAGAGCAUUGGAG